AUGUCCAUUAAUGAUACUUUUGCUGCGCUAAAAGAGUCUCUAACCAAAGCAUUGUCUCUAUACUACCCUCUUGCCGGUAGACUUGCUCCUGAUGAAUCUUCCAUCAACUGCAACGACGAAGGCAUACCCUUUGUCGAAGCUCGUUGUGAUUGCACUCUUUCGGCCUUCCUCAACGCUCUAAACCGCGUUGAAUUUGUUUGGCGUUUCGUACCUAGCAUCAUCCCGCCUUCCGCUGAUCUUUAUCCGCAAACUACUUUCAGGUCAUUGAUGGCUGUAGAGCUAGUUCCACUGGCGGUACAAGUAACGGUCUUCAAAUGUGGCGGGGUGUUAAUUGGGACCAAGGGAAUACACAAAAUCCUUGAUGCAACCUCAUGUGGUAGUUUCUUGAAAUGUUGGUCCGACUUUGCAAGAGGACAUCAAGUAGUCAGUAAGCCGGAAUUCGCCUCAUCCGUGUCUCUAUUUCCUCCGUGUACUUGGGCUGCUAUAUCGCCACCUAGGGAACCCAUGCCGUUAUGGAUAUUGGAUGGCAACAAGAUGGAUGGCACAGGAUGGAUCGUUAAGAUAUGCUGA